GACAGCUACACGGCGUCGGUCGGAAACACCACUGAUUCAGUGAUUGCAGUAAGUGAUACCAAGGCCUCGGCACCUGCUGAGACUGAGGAAGAGAGCCAUGGCACAGUCCGACGGAGAGGUGGAAACUCAUCGACAACCGGGUUCCAGCGACCAAACAGAACGUUCGCGGCAGGGCAAUGGUGUUGGUCGUUCGAAGAGCUUCAAGCAUCGGGGCGAGCUGGAGCGACGGCCAUCUGCGCUGCAGCGUCUCAAGCGUCGUCUCUCGCGCCAAAAGGAUCCCAUACGCUUGGUCCUGCUGGGGGCGUGCGAGGUAGGAAAGAGCUCCAUUCUCGCACGCAUACGAGCCAACUCGUUUCCAGUCGAGUAUGAAGCGACGUUCAGCGAGCGCCUGCAGCAUUCCAUGAUGUUGAGGGGACGGCUCCCGGAGACAGUAGAAUUCUUGGAUGUGACUGGAGCUACGGCCAGUGAGUACAAGCCUAUGCGAGAGCGUGCUAUAGCAGAAGCAAACAUCUACAUCCUGGUGUAUUCUGUAAAAUCUCAAGCAUCACUGCAGUAUUUGGAAGGCGUAUUUGAAGAUAUCCAGGAAGCAUGUCCUCAUCUGGGUUUCGACGACAUCGGGCCGAAAUGUUUGCUUAUAGGCAACCAGGCAAACGAGGAGAACCUAAAGGAGGUAGUGGCUGGAACAGAUGCAGGUGAAGAAGCAUUGAUCAUUGCCCCACGAGCAGUCUCCGAGGAGCAUGCACAGACAUUUGCCACAAAAUGGAACAUCAAAGGCGUCAUCGAGACAUCAGCGUUGACUGCUUUCGGCAUUGCAGACAUAGACCGCUAUCUGCGCAAAAACGUCCAAAUGAUGACAUCGCGUUCCAUUAGUGUAUCGUCCGCAAGCUCCAAUGAUGAGAGCCAGGGAGCGGGAUCCUUCCUGACACGCUUCAAGUCUAUGAUGCGCCGCAGGGGACCGUCGCCAAUACCCAGCGACACUGAGCAAGGCUCGCCGGCACGCAAGCCCAGCUCAAAACGCAACAGCAGCACAAGUACUGCAGGCAGCAUUGGAUUCCUGUCGGCUGGUCAUGGCGGGGGUCUGAAACGAAGUGAAGACAUUCGCCAUAGUUACCAGGGACCGAAGACUGUCGGGCAGGCAACUCCAGGAGUCAGCAAACCCCGUCGACGAACCCUCUCUGCCUCCAUUCGCCGCUCCUUCCGUCGGAAAAAGAAGGCACCAUCACGGGGAGAGUCUCCAGCAAUUCCGGAGGCAUCCUGGAAAGAGGAUGCCAUGUAGUAACAACCGUGUAGCUGAACAACCUAGCUGCUGUCACACAGUCAAAAACAGUACAGGCAUGCAGUGUCAUUGGUAACUGCGAAUGAACACGAUACUCUUUUUUUUUUUUUGCGGAAGGACACUGUCAGCUGGAAUACCAAAGCGGCUCAACGAGUCUGGUGCUCACGGCUCAGAAAUUCAUCCCCGAGGAGCUGAUUUGGCAAGGGACAUGGGCGAUCAACUCUUCCGAUCUGCUUCCCCUGCUAUGCCUGGCUGUGCUGGAGAAUGAGAGGCACUGGUUCGAUGGCAAUGCUAUUGCUGUGCAUUACCGGGAGGAACGCUAGCCGUUCUCAAUGGGAUAUUGUGAUCAUUAUGUGUUACAGUGCAGCUGCUAAUCUACUGUCAGCAGGCGGCGGCUUGCUUUUCAGGUUAGCUGGUAUGGCGCCACACCAGCACCAGAAGCCCGCUAGAAAUAGCUUGCUUAGCUGUGUUGCAUGGCUUGCACUUGACUGACUGCAUAGUUACUAGGCAUUGGCAUCUAUUCAAACUUUCCUCCAUAGCCAACUUGAUACAAGACAAAUUCUCUACUUCUCUAUUUCAAAGCUACUUGAUUCGGUGCCCUGUUUGAAUUGUUGAGUGGACCAAUUCCAAGCAAUACAAUCUACUAGUAUUUACGUUUACAUAGUGAUGUUUACCUAGUGAUGUCGAGUGCCAAGAACCAACUCAGUCAUACUUUCCUCUCAUCAAAUUUUGAUUAUAACUGUUAUUUGCAAUCUCGACCUGGCCGGCAUUAGCUUGCACACUGACUUGCUAUCAGUUAUCUGACUGCUAAAGGAAAUCUUUCAAUGUCAA